ACGGGUCUUUGACAGAUAAAUAAGAAUUAACUCCCUUGACACUAUUGUUGUAAUCAUUUCAUCAUGCCCAAAACAAAUGCUAGUGCAAAAACAAGUGCACGUCGUCAAGAAUUUAAUAGAUCAAAUGCUCAACAACAGAAGACCUCAGUAAGAAAGUCAACUGGAUUGAAAUUGCCUGAGCCCACGCACGUUGGUCACUUUAUAGUUAUGGUGAUCAUGAAGAUAUGCCGCUCUAUUCUUUUUGUGGACACCGGCGUAAAAAUCGGUGUUUACCUUAUCGGAGUGAUGAUAUGUUCCAUUAUUUGUGACCUGUUCGUUGUACCACGAACAUACAUGUCAGAAAAGCACAACAUUCUUAAUAAAUAUUUUGUCAAACUCGGAUGGGCAUGGACAUUGACAUUCGUCACUGCUUACAUAAUCUUAACUUCUUUGGUUUACUGUUGUAACAAUGUCGCCAAAAUGUGCCAACAUAUUCUGAGAGUUGCUGUUGGUACACUACUGUGGUACACAUGUACCUCAUUGUUCCUUCAUGUAGAGUCCAUUGUCGGCGUAUGUACCGCGAAUUCACAUGACAACAAGACUGCUUGUAUGGACGCUGGCAAAAACUGGCUAGGGUUUGAUAUCUCAGGACACGUGUUCUUGGAGAUGCAUUCACUGCUGACUAUUUCUGAAGAAGUAAAAACUUUCAAAUACUGGGCAAAACUUGGUAAAAUCCUGGAAGAUGAAAACCUCAGUGAAAGGCGACCAUUAUCAGAAGAGGAAAUAGGCCAGGCACGGAUGAACUACCGAACAUUAACUCCAUAUAUUAAAGCUAUAAUUGUAGUGCUUGCCAUUAUGAUGGUUUUAUUUGAAGUUAUGUUGUUCUUCACCACCAUCUACAGAUUUCACACGUUGCCGCAAAAAGUAUCUGCUUCUUUUGUUGCCGUAGGAUGCUGGUUUUUAAGCUACCAGAUUUUGUACAAGUCGGGAAAUCCUUUUCCUUUUAUGCCUGUUAGUCCUGGCGUGAGUCCUUUACAGUUUAUGAAGUAAUUUAAUUUAAAUUGAUGAUAGAUUCUUGUGUCUUAUUAAAUUAUUUUUAUAGUAUAUAAAACUUUUUACAAUUUGUACUACUAAGUUGCUUUAGGAUUUAAACAAAUUUACCCUGAUUUGUUUUUUGAUGCCAUGCAUGUUAAUAUCUGAAUGACUUUAAAUGAUGGAUAAUUAAUAGUUUUUAAUUAUAUAUUUUUAUCAUAUGAUUGUGUAUUGUUUUAGACUAGUAUAAUUUUUUUUUAAUCCUUGAUAUGCGACCUCUAAAUUAGAGUUUCAUUGGAAUUACUGAUUUGGUUGAGUUUAAAUGAGACAAUAAUUUAUUUAUAAAUCAGUUUUGGAAACAAUUUAUAAAAAAAUUAAUUGAUAUAUAUAUAUAGAGAGAGAGAUACAUAUUGAAAUACUAAUUGAUUUCUUCAGAAUAUUUUUAAUGUUGGAGCAUGGUUAAAUUAUACAAUACCAAUUUGCUUAAAAAAAAAUGAAAUCCAUAGUUCAUGUGUAUGUAAAACUGUAAUUAAAAAGCAUUAAAAAAAAAUUUUAACACUUCCUGACCAAACUAAAUUCCAAUAUCUCCCAUUUAUUAGAGACCAAUUUAGACUAGUCUACUAUAUGUAUAGUAUGCAUUUUGUAUGCAGCACAACUGAUUGCGUGAUUCUAUACACCUAUUUGAUAACCAAAUAAAAAAAAAAAGAUUAAAACAAGGGAAAUUAAUCAAAUAAAGCUGACACAACAUACACAAGGCAAGCAUUUUUAAAAAUCAACCUUUAAAUGAGUUUAUGAUUUCCAGUACAUCGUAUAAAUUAUGUAAAUUGCUUGCCUACUAAAAUAGCCAUCUAAAUUAUGAUCGUUAUAAUAUUUACAAUGUUUCUGCUGAGUUGUGUUUGACUACAGUAACAAGCCAACUGAAAAAGUUGCUAUUGUUCAUUCUUAGACUUAAUUUUAUGAUAGGCCUAUAUAAUAUUCUAAAUUUACACUUCAAAAGUUAUUUACAGAAACUUAGAACAACCUAACCUAGCUGAUGUUCCUUCUCACAUCAUUUCAGUUAUUUGGGUAAAGAAUCAUUAAAAUUUUAAAAUGGGGUCAGGGACUAAAGUUUAGUUACUAUUGUACUAGAAACAAACUUAAGUUAAUUAAAUGAAAAAUAGUUUGUUUACAUAAUUUUGUUUUCUACUAAAUAGAAAAAUAUUGGAGAAUUAUGAGUUGCUUUGGUUGCUAAUUUAAAUGUCUCUGCUCAACUAGAUAGCAAAAAUGUACUUGGCCUCAGCUGAGAAAGUUAUAUUUAUUGGUUGUAAUGCUGACAACAGAAAGAUAUAAGAGCCCUAUAAACCAAAAAAUCUUAAAGGGGAAAAGUUUUGAUAAAAACAAAAUGAUAUAAAAAAAAAAAUAUUAUUCUCUUAGUAUAUUUUUAUUAACGCUUUUUUGUGUGCCUUUGUUUCAUUUCAAAAGAUUAUUUAUUAACUUUAUUUAAAUAAUUAUUUUUAUUUACAAAGCUGAUAUCAACUCACUCUGUCUGUCUGAUAAAAAGUUUGCAUAUGUUUUUUCUCCCAUUUACUAUUCUUGGAUCAAGUUGAUAUUUUGCAUAAUUAUUUCAUAGUCAAUAACAAUACAUGAACCAAUCUAAAAAUUAACCAAUUUGAAUUAAUCAAUCAUUUAGUUACUAAUUAAUUAAUUUUGUUUUAUAUGGCAGAAAGGGAGCUAAACACUGAACUUUCCAGAUAAUUGUUGCUUAUUUCGCCUUGAAUAACUUUUUUUUUUUUUUUUUAAUAUUCUUUUUUUCUAUUGCUUGUAAAGAUUGCUUUUACUUUUAAAUGGAAUUAAAACAUUUGAUUUAUUUAUCAUAGAAAUCAUUAUUCUACAUUUUGUAAAGUGUGACAUCCUUCUGCAUAGUGCAGGAGGCUGACAUUGUGCUGGCUACUAAGCACAUUUAGAAAUCAUAAAAUCUAUGAAAAUGGAAAUGAGUGGACUCUACAAUCACUCAUUCCCUCAUUCCUUAAAUCUCUGGUUGUGUGUGUGUGUGGGGGGGGGGGGUUGACAGGUAACUUUCACCUUUGACAUUUACACUAAUUCCUGGUCUUUUUUUUUACAAAGCUUUCUGGUAAAAAGUUUGUACACAUUAUUUCUCCUACGCCCAAUCUCAGGUCAAGCUUAAAUUUGACACAAUUAUUUCUUUUACCUGACAACACAAGAAUCAAUUUAAAAAAUUAACCAAUAUUUUAAUUAACUAUUGGUAAUUAAUUAUUUGUUUGGUAUUUUGAACAUGGCAAAGAAAUUGUACUCAAGUGAGGUGGUGGUACAAGCUGAAUUAGUCCCUUUUAUAGUUCACCACUUUAAAAGUAAGUUUGAAAAAAACAAAGUAACUAUACAAUCUUCUAUUUUCAUACACACCUCACUAGCAGAGUGGUUAGAAUGUCGGCUUGAGGAUAUGAUUUCGAAUUCACGUUAUUCCACCCCCUUUUUUUUUAAAUAAAUGCUUUUAAAAAAUGAUUACAGUAAAAUUCUCAGAGAUAUCCCUUUCUCCCCCCCCCCCUUCUUUUUUUCCCAAGUGAUAGGAUUAUCACAUAUUAAGAAAGCUGAAAGCUAAACAAAAACAAUUGGUAAAAAUAUUUCUAAUCACACAGAUUUUUUUUUGUUGGAGACUAAUUCAAACUAAUUGAUGCAACUACAUUUAAUAUAAAAUCUUUUUUUUUUUUGUUUUUAAAAAAAAAAUAUUUGUUAUGUUUUUCUUGUUAGAACCUUCAAUACAUGUACUGGUACCGGUAUACUAACAUUUAUCUAAAUCUUGAAAAAAUAUAAUAACACUAAAAGAUAAAUAUAAUUUUUAAAUUAAAAAAAAAUUUCAUCUCAAUAAUAAAAAAAAAGAAUGUCCUCUCCCUCACUUAGCACCUACUUUUUUGUUUUUUUUCUUACACCAUUCUGUUGUCAUGGGGAAGAUACAUAUCUUCACUUGGAUACAUGCUCCUUUCUGUUUAAUUAUCUAUUCAAAACACUGCUUUAAACAGAACAACUUUGUUUUUAACUCCCCCUUUCCUUUUUUUCCUCCCAUUUUUUUUUUAUGUUGACAAAUAAAAUCAAAUGUACUGAAAUAACUUUUACAGACUUGACUGCCUUUCCUAUUUUUUUAAAAAUAAAUUUUAAGUCACCCCAUUUUGUUCUUUUGAUUGCUGUAAUGAAAGUGGGUCUUCUGUCAACAUGGUUCAAACUUUUUAGCUCUUACAGGCUCAGCCUUCUAUGUCCUAUGUUUUCUUUAGUGGUGAUCAUCUGUCUUAAUUUAGACAAUAAAAUGUAACCAGUAGGUUAGAAACUGAUCCAAUCUAAAGCAUCUCAACAAAAACAUCCAAAUAUGUACAUAAGAAACUAUUUUUCUUUAUUUUGUUUUACAUAAAAAAACAACAUGUAUAUAAUAAAAUCAGUCUGAAGACAAGACAGAUUAUUAAGAUCAAUUUUUUGUAAAUGUACAUAUCCUACAGAAGAGAUGUUAGCAUACAACACUACAUGUACAAGUUUUAUUAUGAUAUAUUUAUAAUGAGUUACAACAUUUGUCAUUGUGCACUGUAUUUAGUGUUUUGUUACUAUCAACCUGGGCAAUAAACUACAACUGCAUUUACUUGUGUUUUAAAUUAUUAAUAGAGAACGCAUUGCCAAUAGUUUCCUUGCACUCUUGACCUCUUAUGAUUGGCGUAUUAUAGAAACAAUUGUUUUGCUUUGAUGUGGUUCAUAUCAAUGUUAAAUUUAAAUGAUUUUAAAACAACUUUCUGCUUUUUUUUUUUUUUUUUUUUUUUUUUAAGCUUUUGAGGUUUUCUUUGUGUGUGAAAAAAAAAAUUUAAUUCAAAUAUCCUUUUUUUUUUCAAUUCACUUUAAUUCAAAUAUUAUAAUUUGAAUGAUUUUUAAAUUGUUUAACAAAUAUUUUUUUAAUGGGCAUAUUUGUUGAGGCCUUGUGAAAGGUGUGGAGAUAUUUGAUACAUUUACCUCAUGAGCAUAUGUUUGCCUAAAUGUGUUUGCCUAAAUGACACUGAUUCAGAAAAAAGUUUUAUCUCUAGGUUUUUUACCCAGGCAAAAAACAACAACAACACACAAUUAAGGCCUUAUGUUACAAAGCUUAUAAACAUUGAUUGGUAAAUCUAUUUACAAAAUGUCUGUAUCUUCUAUAUUUUAUAGUUUCAAAAAAUGUUUGGUAAAUGACUGAAUCCAGUCUCACUUAUUGGUACUACAAGUGCUAGUGCUGUUCCAUCUUUUUGUUAUCUUUUUUUAUAGGCAGGUGCAGACACACACACAAACAAUACACUUAUCUGAGUCACUUUUUGUGUGUGUGUGUGUUUGGGGGACUGGGUCUAUUCUCUACCCAGUAAAUUUAGAAUCUUUGUGUUCUAUCCUUUUGUUCUAGUUUGAAGGUGACACUUUAGCAGACGUUUGAAUAGUUCACCUCAUCCUGAAUGGCUUCGAACGUGUAGAGUGAAUCAAUUGAAUUAAUAAGAAUGAAUUGGUGGAGUGAAUCAACUGAAUCGAUGAAAGGAGUUGAACUGGUAGAAUGAAUCACUUUGAGCCGGUAGAAUCUAAGGCAUGAGGAAUCUUAUUAUAGGGCAACUUAAACUGCAGAGCUCUAGUGCUAGUCUACCAAACUUGUGCCAGUUAAGUUAUUUAUUCUUGAAUCACAUUUUGAUUUUUGUUUGUUGUGUAUCUGCUUCAACUAUUAAUUUGUUUUUGAAAUGUGGUGACUAUGUGAUAUGAUUUGAACUAGUUGAAAACAAAAUUAUAUCUAUUAUUUCGUAUAUUGUUGCCAACCCUAUUUUGUGUGUGUGUGUGUAUUUUUGUUUAUUUUUAUAUUUUUGGCUACUCAUAUCUGCGUGAGGUUUUGCUAGUAGAUAUUUUUGUUCUGUUACAGAUUAAUUGGGAAAAGUUUCAAGAAAUGUGUGUGUGUGCGCCUGCGUGUUUGAUUGAGAAUUGUUUCAUUAAACGUUUUUCUUGAAAAUUGUCACUCCUCGCCCUUUCCCCUUUCCAGUGCCAGGACCUUGAGUGAUUAAAGUUUUUACUUUAUAAGCA